AUGGAGAACGAACCAGAAAACCUGCAACGGGCAUUGUCACCAUUUGACAAAGCCAAACAAUAUAUCGACAUCGGCAACCCAGGCUACUACUCACCAUCGAUUCACAGUCUGACUAUUCUAGAUUGGCAGGCAAGUCGUACAUCCCCCUAUGAUAUGUGGCGCUGGGGUCAGUCCAUCCAACCUGCACUUACACGGGGCGCCGUCGGUCGAAAUUCCUACACUUGCCACGACCAUAGAAGCCGCCACGAAAAAAAUAAAUACUAUUUCAAAUUGGCCUGCACAGUGUUUUGUCUCUUCAUGCUGGUCUCUUCUAUCACAGCUGUUAUCAUUGUUUGUACAUAUUUUUACAGAACCAGCGAAGUGCAAUUCACACAUAUUAACGACAGGAAAAACAUGACAGCAUUUCUGUGUCAGCUCUCUCUUCUGGAACGCUGGAAUAACAAUCUUAGAAACCGAUCAUCAGAAUCUUUCAAAUCAACUACAAAACGGUUCAUACAAUCGAUGGACCAGGUGUACAACAAACAAAAUAAUUAUUAUGUAAGGACAGAAGUUUUAGAAUUUAGAUUUGUUCUUCCCCAUUCACUAAUCUUCUAUCUUCCCUAUGAGUUUUAUAGCCCUGGCAGCAUAAGUGUCAAGUUCCUUGUACUUUUCAACACCUCCCUGGACAAGAUUCCCAAAAGAGAUAUCAACAGAAAACUACCGUUAAAUUUCAUGGCUCCACUCGCAGAUAAAAUGGAAGAUGAAAUCGUCGAUUACAUAAAAAGCACAAUCAGAGAAAGCAGUACCGUGCUGAAAAUUAAACCAUCAACUAUUAAAGUCCUUCAAAUUCGAUCUGGAGACACGGUACUGGAUUUAGAAAACAGAUAUCCACUUGACCGACGAAAGUCAAAAUGGAAAAAGACAUAUGAAAACUUUGCUGAGACUAAAUUACUUAAUUCACACAUGGACAAUGCGCAAACAACGGUGACACAAUUUGUCGAAAAGACCGAAGAGCCCGAAACGGCCAACUGUCAAGUUAUCAUCCAUGAACCGUGUCUGAAAUAUAGCUACAACUACACACGAAUGGAUGCUCAAAUGAAUACUUACAAUCAAGACCAGGCCAUGUCGAUGAUGGAACAAUUCUUGGACGCUGCUUUACACUACAGCUGUACAGGUCCCCUCAUUCUUCACUUCACUUGCUCUAUUUUUUUCCCCAAAUGCCAACAAGGCAGGGUCAUCAUGCCGUGUCCAGAGCUUUGCCAUACAAUAAUGACCGUAUUCAUGUGUCGCCAGUCUGCCUCUUUACCGCCUCGUAUUUUCUUUUCGUUUACUACGUCUGCUUCCAAAGGUCCAGAUACGUCAAGUUCGCUCGCUUUGCCCAAUAAACAUCAUCAAUCACGCCUGACUAACCAUAAGGCCCAACCUCAAACCACACCAAAUUUAUUUUCGUCAACACUCAUUGCUAAAUCGACAUCUGUUUUAUUAGCCCAGUUCUCUCGAAAAUCUACACCAGGAACUGUAAAAGAUUCACUGAAACUAACUCGCUCCUUACAAAAGAAUGUGAACGUACAAAGUCUGGAAAGCAGGGCCAAUAACAACCACGGUACAGCAAAUAAAACCACAAACAAUGGUAACUUUUUUCAGAAAGUUCAAAAGACUGAUAACGAUCUGCUGGUACGAAAGCUUCAUCCCCAACCACUGCAGGUGGAAGCAAUCACUCGUCAAACCCAGGUACAGCAAACAGCAGGGUGCCCACCCUUAAAUGAGAGCUUCGUUCUAACAAAUGAUUCGGAGUCGUGCAGGACCUGCUUAUGUGAUGAAGACAUUGUAGCCUUUUCUUUGACAACUGUAGGCUUCGCAACAUCAACACCUCUGGCCGAAAAUGAUAGAAAGGAUAUAAAAGAAAACCCUCGCGCCACGAUAUCAACCACAAACAAUAAUAUUGCUAGCAAUAAUGAAAGUUUGACUGAAGAAAAUGAUUACCAGCUAAACCGGUCUCCGCCACGGUGUAGGUGGAUACCUUGCAUUAACGUGACAUUUGGACGUAACGAAAGUUACAACAACAACAAAGACGCUUUUAAAGUGGGCAAAUGUCUCAUAGCUGUAGCUUGUGUUAUAGCCUUCCUGUCGAUAUUCGGCUUUUUUCUUUCUGUUCACCGAUUCUUAAAGGAAAAGACGGAAACCUAUGUAGUGGUGACGCGUUUCGUUCCGAGAAAGAACAAUUUUUUCAAAUUGUUUCUUAAAUAUUUUUCUCUCUUUUUAACUUUUUGUUUUUCACUUCUUUUUCUUUUUCUUUUGUUUUUCUCUUCCUUUUUCUCACUCUCAUUUGUUUUUCUCCUUCUUUUUUCACUUUCUUUUGUUUUUCUCUUUCUUUUCUCUUGUUUUUCUCUUUCCUUUGUUUUUCUCUUUCUCUUUCUUUUAUUUUUCUCUUACUUUUUGCUUCUCUAUUUUUAUUUCUUUUUGCUUUUCUCUUCCUUUUUUUCUUUUCCUUUUUUGUUUCUCAUUUUUCUUUCGUUUUUCUCUUCUUUUUUUCUCUUUCUUUUGUUUUCUUCUUACUUUUUUUCUCAGUAUCUGUCUAUAUUUCUGAGAUGA